GGAGCGGAGCCCUGCGGGUCUGCCUGUCCGCUUUCCCCCGAUUAGACUGAGGAAGAGAGGUCCACUCAGACGCUGCUGGGAUUUUCUUUCAUUCUCCAGCUACCAAAACUGUCCCCCGCAUUUGGUUUUAAUAUAAACUGUGUAUACAUUUUCUCUGUAGAGGGAAGUUGGGGAUGGAAUGAGUAGCAGGGGAAAUCUACCGUGACUUUUUCGGAGAAAGUGGCCCCCGGUGCCAACAGGGCAGAUAGUUGCUGCCGCUGUGUGUCUAGCGGAUCACCAUCACUGGCUGCUGGGGAAGAUAAGCUAGCUCACUUCUUCUGUAUGUUGUCGCGGAAAUUCACCACAGCGCCAAGAUGGACCUGAAGCUGCUCUUGAUAUCCACAUUGUUAGGAGUCUUUUGUUACAGUAAUGCUCAGAAAGAGGGGAACGAGUGCAUCAAUGCCAAUGCCAAAUACUGCGGGGAGUGCGUCCAGGCGGGAGCCAAAUGUGGCUGGUGUAAAGACCCGAAAUUCCUGAAACAGGGUGAGACUGUGUCGACCCGUUGUGACGAGCUGCAGUCUUUGAUCAAAAGGGGCUGUAGUGAUGCCAUGAUCGAGAACCCACACGGGGAACAGAAGAUCCUCAAGAACAAACCAGUGACAAAUCGCACAAGGGGAACACCAGACAAACCAGAGAGGCCAGAGACGCCAAAGAGGCCAGAGGACAUCACGCAGAUCCAGCCCCAGAAACUCAGCCUUACCCUGCGAUCUGGUGAGCCUCAAACUUUCAACUUAAAGUUCAAACGAGCGGAAGAUUAUCCCAUCGACCUGUACUACUUGAUGGAUCUGUCCUACUCCAUGAAGGACGAUCUGGAGAACGUCAAGAACCUGGGAACGAGUCUAAUGGUGGAGAUGAUGAAGAUCACUUCCGACUUCAGGAUAGGUUUUGGCUCCUUUGUGGAAAAGACAGUCAUGCCAUACAUCAGCACCACCCCGGCCAAGCUGCUAAACCCGUGCACAGGCGACCAGAACUGCACCAGCCCGUUCAGCUACAAGAACGUGCUGAAGCUGACCAGCGAUGGCCAGAGGUUCAACACCCUGGUGGGCCAGCAGCACAUCUCCGGAAACCUGGACUCUCCCGAAGGGGGGUUUGAUGCCAUUAUGCAAGUGGCUGUGUGUGGGAAUCAUAUUGGUUGGAGGAAUGUGACUCGUCUGCUUGUGUUCUCCACUGAUGCUGGCUUCCACUUUGCCGGCGAUGGCAAACUGGGUGGCAUCGUUCUGCCCAAUGAUGGAAAAUGUCACUUGGAGGACAAUGUGUAUACCAUGAGCCACUACUAUGACUAUCCCUCCAUUGCCCACCUGGUUCAGAAGCUGAGCGACAACAACAUUCAGACUAUCUUUGCAGUCACAGAGGAGUUCCAGCCCGUUUACCAAGAGCUGAAAAAUCUGAUACCAAAGUCUGCAGUGGGCACUCUGUCUGCCAACUCAAGCAAUGUAAUCAACCUUAUUAUAGACGCUUACAAUUCUCUCUCGUCCGAGGUUAUUUUGGAGAACAGCAAGCUUCCAGAGGGAGUGACCAUAGCUUACACAUCCCACUGUAAGAACGGAGUGGUUAGUGAGGGCGAAAGUGGACGCAAGUGCUCCAAUAUCUCCAUCGGCGAUCAGGUGAUGUUUAGCAUCAGCGUGACAUCUAAGGGCUGUCCGAAACAAGGCAAGCCUGAGAUCAUCAAGAUAAAGCCCCUGGGAUUUACGGAGGAGGUGGAGAUCACCCUCAACUUCAUUUGUGAGUGUGAAUGCAACAAGGACGGUAUCAAGAACAGUCCACUCUGCCACUUUGGUAACGGGACCUAUGAAUGUGGAGCCUGCAAGUGUAAUGAAGGACGCGUGGGCAGACAGUGUGAAUGCAGCAGCAACGAUGUGGCCACAGAGGACAUGGACCGGACCUGCCGCAAAGACAACGGCACCGACAUCUGCAGCAACAACGGAGACUGUGUGUGCGGCACAUGUGAGUGCAAGAAGAGGGACAACCCUGAGGAGAGGUACAGCGGCCAGUACUGCGAGUGUGACAACUUCAACUGCGACCGCUCUGGAAACAAACUGUGUGGAGGGCAUGGCCGCUGUGAGUGCAGAGUGUGUAUCUGUGACCCCAUGUGGACCGGAAGUGCCUGUGAUUGCUCUCUGGACAACAGCACAUGUAUGGCCAGCAACAAGCAGAUCUGUAACGGCCGAGGAACUUGUGAAUGUGGAACUUGCAAGUGCACUGACCCCAAAUUCCAGGGUCCCACCUGUGAAACGUGCCCUACCUGCCCAGGAGUCUGUACUGAACACAAAGAGUGCGUCCAGUGCCGGGCGUUUGGCACCGGUGAGAAGAAGGACACGUGUGAGAGAGACUGCAGCUACUUCAACAUGAUUAAAGUGAAGGACCGGGACAAGCUGCCCCAGCCCAACGACGCCUCUUACCCUGUGAUGCACUGCAAGGAGAGGGACGCCAACGACUGCUGGUUCUACUACACCUACGCUGUCAACAACAACACGGAGAAGGAGGUCCAUGUGGUGGACACGCUGGACUGCCCCGCCGGUCCUGACAUCAUCCCCAUUGUGGCAGGCGUGGUCGCCGGCAUCGUCCUGAUUGGCUUAGCCCUGCUGCUCAUCUGGAAGCUGCUGAUGAUCAUCCACGACAGAAGAGAAUUCGCCAAGUUUGAGAAGGAGAAGAUGAACGCCAAGUGGGAUACGCAAGAAAACCCUAUAUACAAGAGUCCUAUCAAUCAGUUCCAGAAUCCAAGCUAUGGACGCAAAGCUGCUGUCCUUUAAGGUGAAAAUCCCAUCUACAAAAGUGCUGUCACGACUGUGGUCAAUCCGAAAUAUGAAGGAAAAUGAUGGCGUCGUAGUUUAUCA